AUGCGAGCAGCUUUUAGGAGCUCCGUGGUCCGGUUAGACCUCAGAUUCUUCAGCCAAGAGUCCCUCAAAGCUCCAGAUAAUGCACCAAGGGCAGCUGCCAAUGAGCAAUGGCUUGAUCAUUUGAAGAAAUCGAAAAGGGACCCCAGGAUAGCGUCUAAUUUGUCUGAAAGCCGUGAAGAGCUGACAGACGACACUCACCAAUCAAAUGAAUUCCCGAUCAACAUUCUCUCCAUCCCUCCUGAGACGCAUUACAUCAAUGUAGAGAGCUCGCUGGCAAACUUUACGUCCAUGAAGUACCUGGGGACCUUUAACAAGCAUAAACAUAGACAAGGUAACUUUGCAGAUGUGAGGAUCAUCAAGUGUCGAAGUGGUGGUGGAGGCGACGGCGCAGUCUCCUUCUUCAGAGAUGCCGGCAGGUCGAUAGGCCCGCCUGAUGGCGGUGAUGGAGGUGACGGUGGUAGCAUCUACGUGCAGGCUGUGGAAGGUUUAAACUCGUUGUCAAAGCUUAGAACGACUUAUAUCGCGGAGGAUGGCUCGAAUGGCGGGGCAGAUCAACUGGAUGGUGCUCGCGGUAAAGAUAUGCUGAUCACUGUACCGGUGGGUACGGUGAUCCGAUGGUGCAUGGAUCCCAAGUCUACUCGGGAUUUCAUACAGAAGCAGAGACCGAGCUCUGGAAAUGGGUCAUCUGUGAGGUCAGUAUUGCAUAAAAGCAUGGUGAAAUUGCAAUGCAGGGGAAGAUUCGAGCUGGAUCCCAUUCCGCGAUGUAUUCAGCUAUUCAGAAAUAGCUAUAGACCGGGAGAAGGAUGGAUCUUUAAGGGGAAGGAUGAAGUCUAUCAUAACGAUAAGGAGUGGUUUAUAGAUCUAAACAAGAAAGUCGAGUCAUAUGAUAUGAGCUUGUAUGACACAGAACUCGAGGAAGACACAUUCCCUCUAUUUGGCCUUGAUCUAGGCAAACCUACCAAGAAGCCUAUUUGCCUGCUCAAGGGCGGAAAAGGUGGUCUUGGGAACAUGCACUUUUUGACCAAUCUAAUCAGAAACCCAAGGUUUGCAAAAUCCGGGAGGGCAGGUCUGGAGCAGUAUUUUAUGCUGGAACUCAAAAGCAUUGCUGAUUUGGGCCUAGUUGGCCUGCCAAAUGCCGGAAAAUCCACCAUCCUGAACAGAAUCUCCAAUGCGCGCCCAAGGAUCGGACACUGGGAAUUUACAACUUUGACACCUACCAUAGGAACAAUUGAUUUGGGCUUGGGAGAGGCGUGUUUCACGGUUGCUGAUAUUCCCGGUAUUGUGAAGGAUGCUUCCAACGACAAAGGUUUGGGUUUGGAAUUCCUGAGGCACAUUGAACGUUCUAGAGGCUGGGUAUUCGUAAUUAGCAUUGCUAAUGAUGACCCUAUGGCUGACUUACAGACUCUCAUCAAUGAGUUGGGUGGAAUAGAGAAAGCAAAGAGUAAGAAUGUGCUCGUUGUUUGCAACAAGGCUGACAUCGAUUUCGACAAGGAGCAUCCUAUAAACAAAUUUAACGAAAUCGCAGAAUUCUGUAAAGAACACAGCUGGGACAUCUUACCGAUGAGUGCGCUAAAAGGAGAAAAUGUUGACAUUCUGGUGAAGAAAAUGGCCAAGUGCGCCCAAGCCACCGGGCAUUUCUAG